GAACGACACUGGCUUGUACAUGCACUUCAGAUUUUUUCAUAUCAAAAGAGCUGCGAUUGUGUCAAGAACACAUGCCAAGUUUGGAUUAAUCUUCUAGCUUUGAUUUAUUGAUCAGGGCCUUCCAAGGCCAUGAGAGGGUCAACAUCACUAGACCAAAAACAGCUCCAAAUCAUCACACUACCCUUACCCCACUUGGUAGUAGGGAUAAUGUUGGCAUCCUUAUACUUCUCACCAACCUCUCUAAGCACUCGGAUGCCGCUAUCGUUGCCCUUUACAGAGUAGCGAGACUCAUCCGACCAGAUCAUGCUUCUCCACUGGUCUUCAGUCCAAUUGACAUGACCCUUGGUUCAUUGUAGGUGAGUCUUCUUGUUUCCCUCACUUAGAGCUAGCUUAUGAGCAGCGUAAUAAGAACGGAAACCCAACUGAUCAAAUAAUGAAUAACAGUUAGAUGACUCACCUCGACUCCUUGAGCCUUUCAUUCCAUUUUUACCUUGUCAAUGGUAAGGAAUGGAUCCCUCAAGAUCAUCAACUUUAAAAGAGCUAAACCCUUCUUAGUUAUCUUGGGCUUUGGGCCUGGUGCUGUUCCUGGUAAAGGUGAACCAGUUUUCUUGAUUCGUUUGAUAAUUGUUUGUACAGUCGAUCUAGACAGAUCAACGGUGGAACUGAUCACAUUUUGAGAAAGACGCACUUUGUUGAGAUAAUAAACGCCCCAGUAUUUUUUCUUCUU